UCCUGAAUUGCGCAACUACUCCAGCAAAAACAAAGUAUAAUUGAGGCGCCCACCCAUUUUGAGAUCAUUUUACUCUCAAAAUUUGUAACACUGGACUGUUGUACUUGCUUCACGACUAACUGAACAUGAUGCUCUGCCGUGAAAUACUUCUGAUCCUGUCCUUGAUGCCAUUCAUGCACGGACUGGACGGGUCCGGUUGUGAUGAAGACUGUGCAGAUAAACCCGUAUUCAGCCCAUCCACACUGACAGUGAAGUACGGUGACCGAGUGUCUGCCAGGUGCACUGCAUGUCAGAAUGCUUGCCAGAAGGACCAAACUAACUUGGACGUUUCUAUUGGACACGCGAGAAAAGACGGAAACCUCAUAUUGUGGAAGGUUGCCAGUAUGACUGCAUGGAAUCCAUCAGCCACGUGCUACUACAUUAAAGAUGACGGUAGCAUGUGUUGUAACCACCUGCCUGUAACCGUAUACAAUCUUCCAGGGCGUGUGGUGAUGUACGCUGAGCGAGACUAUGGGUUGGACUCUGAGGGCAGUCAAUACUCUCUGAAGUGUAUGGUCUAUGAUGUGGCGCCUGUUGAACACCUCACUGUGACCUUCUACAGAGGGUCGACAGUACUGGGUCAACUCCGCUCCAACAACACCAGCAAGACACCAGUGACUGAGGCCUUCACUCUGUACACCGACGCCAGUACAGAGUACAACUCAACCAUGUACUGGUGUGACGCUAAAAUGGACCUGGGACCUGAAGAACCACAGCGCUCCCUAGUGGCCAAGUCAACAUACCACGAGGUUAUGGUUUCCAGCGCCACAGUGAUUCAAAGCUGCAUACUUUUGAUUCUUUCUCUUGCUUUGUUUCAUUUCCAGAGUGAUUAAGAGGGAGUUUAUUUUGCAGAAUAAAUGGCCACCCAUCUCCUAUAUGCAUGUAGCUCAUAUCAAUAUCAAUAAAAAGCAGUUAAUUCAAUAAAAAUGUUUAUUUUUCACAGUGUAACGCUGAUAUUCCACCACUACAGGGCUGCCAUCUGCAACAUGAGCUGUGUAUUCCAGUUCUUCCUGAUACAGUCUUACAGUACAUUUAUGCUUCUCAAUGCAUGCAUUUUAAAAUUCUUUAUGAUGUACUUCAAUAGUUACUUUCUAACUGAAAUCUAGAUUUUUCAUUCAAGAACACAAUCAGAGAAAUCAGAUACAUGAUCCUUUGGUCAGAGCAGUAGGUCAUCUGCAGCAAGGCCAUGAUUUGAACUCUAUAUACAACUAGAUGGGCUCCAUCACUUCACAUUGCGCUUAUGAAAAAAAUAAAGGAUUGUAAUUUAAGUUA